AUAAUAACGGUGCGCCAAACGGCUCGUAACUCUCCCCCUCAAAUCUCUCUCUCUAGCAUGGCUGCUGACGUCAGCUCUAUCGUACGGAUUCUGAGCGGAUACAAGGACGAGGGGGCCGUGGUGAACGAUUCCGCCGGAGCGAAAUCGACGGUAGCGGUUAUGACACGGGAUCUUCUCGGCGGCGCCGGCGAUCAGUCGUUGGAGCUCGACCUUGACCUACAAGUCCCCACAGGUUGGGAAAAGCGCCUCGACUUGAAGUCAGGGAAAGUGUAUCUAACGCGAUGCAAUUCCACGAGCUCAUCAUCAUCGACUCACACGGACCGGUCGAAUCACACAGCCACGACGAAGUUUCAGGAUUUGAAUUUCCCACCGAUCUCCGGCAACUUUCCGGUGAAACAGCCCUUGCUAGACCUCUUCAACGACACGAGCCUACAGCUCAAGCUUGUCCCGUCGUCCUCGUCGCUGUCGACGGCUUCGAGUUUUCAGAGCGUUUGCACACUCGACAAGGUGAAAUCGGCGCUCGAGAGAGCUGAGAAAGAUCAGAAAUCGACAAUGAUGAUCAAGAAACGCCAAUCGCCGUCGGCCGAAAGCGACGACAGUUCCGUGAUCGCGUUUGCGUCUGAGUCAGACUCUAAGUCUGCUUCUCCGGUCGCGGCGGGAUGCCCCAACUGCUUAUCGUACGUAUUGGUGAUGAAGAAUAAUCCGAAAUGUCCGAGGUGCAACUCCUUUCUUCCUUUGUCUGAGAUAAAGAAGCCUAAGAUUGACCUCAACAUAUCGAUUUGAGAAUUAUGGGGCCAAAUUUGAAAUAUUCGAACUUUUGUGUUAGUAAUGUAAAUGAUAGACAAUUCAGGGGGUAAAAGAAAGAGAAUAGUGAAUAGAUGGGCAAGGGGGUAUUUUGUAAAUUCAAUAGAUAAACCGAAUGUGCUUCACAGGUGAUUGUUGAGAACGAGUUCCAUGAUUUUAUUUUAUUUUUUUCUGCAAUUUUGUUAA